GGCCGCGCCGUUGCAGCUGCUGCUGCUGCUGCCGUUCUUACUGCAGCGCGCCAUGCCAGGCGCGGUGGCGACACGGGAGACCAGGAUCGACGGGCGGGCUCUGUCGCUGAGCAGCUUGCGGGAGGCCGAGAGCCGCGCCUUCACCUGCCUGGCCGCGGCCCCCAACCUCACCUGGUACCUCAACGGGGAGCGGCAGGAGAGCAACGCAUCCGGGAGGCCCCUGGUCGCCGCCGGCGACGCCUCGGAGGAGGGCGCCAGCGGCACUUUCGUGGUGACGGCGCGGCGCGUGGACCACCGGCUGGACUGCGCCGCCACCGACCCGGCCACGGGGCACGUCUCCACCGCCUCGGUUCUCCUCAACGUGCAGUUUCAGCCCGAAAUCGUCAAGGUGGACGCCCGUUACAGCGAAGCGAGCGAGCCCGGCCUCCUGCUGGUGCUCUUCGUGCUGGUCCAAGCCAACCCGCCAGCCGACGUGACUUGGGUGGACCAGGACGGGCAGGUGACGGUCAAUGCCUCCCGCUUCCUGCUGCUGGACGCCCAGACCUACCCCUGGCUCGCCAACCACACCGUGAGGGUGCAGCUGCACGGCCCGCCCCGGAACGCCUCCCUCCGCGCCUCCAACGACCUGGGCGUCGCCAGCUCCUCCGUUCCGGUGCCCGGUCUCCUGGCCGUCCAACUUGAACUGCCUCUGGUGGCCCUGGUGGGGGCGGCUGCUGCUGCGGCUCUGGGGAUACUCCUGAGUUUUGGGGUGCUGAUCAGCUGGACUCUUUCCCAGGCAGCCAAACAAUCGGCAGGACAAGGCCCAGCAGCAACGCAGCUCCCUCCGAGGUCGCCUUCUGGGACUACUAGAGGGAGCAACGUCCUGCAGCCGGAGGAAGCCCACCUGCCACGGGCAAGCAGGUCCCUCCCUUCCAACCUGCAACUCAAUGACCUUGCACCAGAACCACAAAGUAGAACAAAUGCAGAGCAAGAUGGAGAUUCUCUUUCGGAGUCAAAAAACCACCGGGACCUUGCUGAACAAGGCUUGGGUCAAUUUCUUACCGUCGGAUAUAUUUAUAGAGCCACUAGUAUGAGUAGCGAUGAAAUCUGGCUGUGAAGACUAUCAGCACGUCCACCCGCAGCACAGGGAAGCAAGCGAGGCACGGAGGAGUGUGGGCAAAAGGCACCAGGAGUAGCUCUGCUUUAGCUCACACUGGAACAGGAUGGUGAGGGCACCUCUGGUGGCGAAGGCAUCCCCAGCAGGAUCCGGUCCUGACAGCAGCUGCCCAGUUUCCCCUUCCAAGAGGAGGACGGCCUUCCUAAGCUCCCCUUUGCCAUCCACAGACCAGGAAGGCCAUCCUGGCCAUACGCAUCUCAGCUUAGGAUGGUCGCUUUGCAACUUCUACGCUCAAUGAAUAAAUGGCUGUAGAUAAGA